AUGGAUCUCAUUCAAAGUGUGAUUGUGGUUCUUGUUUUUGCUCACUGCAAUGCAUGGGAAAAUCCAAGGCACUUUCAAAAUCUGAGAGGCAUUGGGCUGAAAUCAGACCUGACUCCUGUGGCGUCUGUGUCUAGAGGUCUUGUCUCUUCACCUCCUGGUUUUUGGAACCCUCUACAAAUGGCUGCUCGGUAUCCAAAUCUGUUGAGUGGUGAUUCCAAGAAGCCUACACAAGAUCUUAAUUUUCAGUCUGAGCAACUACUGCAAGUUCCAGUGAAGCCAUUGGAUUGGAGAUAUCCUGUAGUUCCUGAAGUACCGAGGGAGUUAGCGGUGGACUUUCAGUUGAGGCAACCCAUAACUCCUAGCAGUGUAGCUGUUCGCUGUGGAGAGAGUACGGUACUUGUAGAAGCAAGGCAAGACUUGUUUAGUAAUGGUGAGUUGAUCCAGCCAUCUGGUCUUACUUUGGGAGGAUGUUCUGCUCUUGGUGAGGACUUUGAUUCUAAGGUGAUUAUCUUUGAGUAUGAGCUACAGGACUGCAACAGUGUGCUGAUGAUGACUGACGAUGAGCUUGUCUACACCUUUGCUCUUACUUACACCCCUGAGCCAUUUGCUGGAACCCCAAUUUACAGGGCUGAUAGUGCCAUCAUUGGCAUUCAGUGCCAUUAUCCAAGGCUUCAGAAUGUGAGCAGCAAUGUCUUGAUGCCAGUGUGGGUCCCUUUUGCUUCAGCGGCAGCUGGGGAAGACCUCUUGGUUUUCUCCUUGAAGCUAAUGACUGAUGACCUGUCUUCCCAGAGGCCUUCCAACGUGUACUUCCUGGGUGACGUUAUAACCUUUGAAGCCUCCGUGAAGAUGUACAAUCACAGGCCUCUACGUGUUCUUGUGGACCGUUGUGUGGCUACCCAAGUGCCUGAUAUGCAAGCUCAGCCAAGCUAUUCCUUCAUUGAGAAUCAUGGGUGCUUUGUGGAUGGCAAGACUACAGGUUCCAACUCCUACUUCCUGCCUCAAACUCAGACUGACAAAAUACAGUUCCAGCUAGAAGCCUUCAUUUUCCAGCAGGGAGGCAGUCCCUCUAUCUACGUCACAUGCCUUCUGAAGGCCACCCUUGCCUCCACACCCACUGAUGCCCAGCGCAAGUCCUGUUCCUUCUAUGCCAAUGGGUGGUUUGCUGCUCAUGGCAAUAACCAAGUUUGUGGCUGUUGUGACUCCAUGUGUGGCUCCGACAGUUUAAGUGACUCUGGCUAUGGAAGUCCUCAGUGGGAAGGGAAGACUAUCUUUGGUCCUAUCAUGGUUCAAGGGCAGAAAAAGCCUUAG